AUGCAUCUGAAGGCUGAUGCUAGCUACAGAAUGCCCAUAAACUUUGACAGCCCAUCACCAUCAUCACCAUCAUCAUCCAAAAAAUCAUCAUCAUCAUCAUCCCAAUCAUCAUCAUCAUCAUCAUCAUCCCAAUCAUCAUCAUCAUCAUCAUCCCAAUCAUCAUCAUCAUCAUCAUCCCAAUCAUCAUCAUCAUCAUCAUCAUCAUCAUCAUCAUCAUCAUCAUCAUCAUCAUCAUCAUCAUCAUCAUCAUCAUCAUCAUCAUCAUCAUCAUCAUCAUCAUCAUCAUCAUCAUCAUCAUCAUCAUCAUCAUCAUCAUCAUCAUCAUCAUCAUCAUCAUCAUCAUCAUCAUCAUCAUCAUCAUCAUCAUCAUCAUCAUCAGUUUCUUUCUUUCUUAUCUAUUAA